GCCAACGGAUGGCGACCUCAUCCUCAUCGACAGCCAACUAUAUCCUGGCAAGCUAUGCCCACGAUAGCAACAGCAGCGGUGGCAGUGCAAGCUGCGGUAGUGGAGCAGCAGCCGAUUCCGAGGACUCUCAGGUGGGCGGUCAGGGGAGUCAAGGGAGUAGUCCUUCGGGCAAAAGGAAACGACCGCCGCGGCAGAAGAUCAAUGCCAGGGAACGCUACAGGACAUUCAAUGUAAAUGCCGCCUACGAAGCUCUACGCAAUUUGAUUCCCACCGAACCCAUGAAUCGUAAACUGUCCAAGAUCGAGAUUAUUCGCCUGGCUGGCAGCUAUAUCACCCACCUAAACAGCACUCUGCAAACAGGAACCGAUGGUCAGCCCUGUCUGCUGCAUAAAUACGAAAGCGAAGGACCCGCCAGGCGUAUUAGCAUCUGUACAUUUUGUCUAAAAACCAAGUGAAAUUUCUUUCACGUAUAUAAUUUAAUUAGAUUUAUGUCGUAUUUAUUGCAUUUUGUAGCAAGUAAUUUUUAAAUCAAGCGCCCAUCAAGCAGCGCCAUCUAGUGUUAAUUAUGCCAACUUCAAAUACAAAGCAGUGCACUGCUUUAAAAGUAUAGCUGGAAUCUACUGCUUGUUGAAAUAAAAAUAAGAAGAAGAGAUGGCAGAAAAUAUCGACUUCAUAAAGAAUGU